GCAAUUUGUCGUAGUGUAGUAGUGUACUAUUGUACUGGUGUAGUAGGUCGGUCGAGUCGGUGGCUGUGUUAAAUACUCAUCAUUAAAACAUUUAUAUCGCGAUAAUGGCUUCGUCGAGUUCAUCGUCGCCGUUGGAAGAUUUAGAAACCCAGUUGGAAAUGUUUGUUGAAAAUGUACGGCAAAUACGAAUAAUAGUUGCCGAUUUCCAACCCCAAGGACAGACUGUAUUAAAUCAGAAAAUUCAAAAUGCCGUCACUGGUUUACAGGAAAUUAAUAAACUGAAAUCCAACGUGCAAGAUAUUCAUGUACCUUUGGAAGUAUUUGAGUACAUUGAUAGAGGACGUAACCCUCAGCUCUAUACUAAGGACUGUAUAGAAAAAGCCUUACAUAAAAAUGAACAAGUCAAAGGAAAGAUAGAUGCUUUGAAAAAAUUCAAAGCCAAUGUACUCGCAGACUUGGGACAAACAUUCCCUAAUGAACUUAAUAAGUAUAGAGCAUUACGUAGCAAUUGUUAUGGUACUAGCAGUGUUGUAGCACCACCGCCUCCACCACCUCUGAAUAUGUUGUCAUCUGUCACUUCAUUAGGGGGACCAAAUUCUCAACAGCAACAGCAAAGCUUACUUGGAGGAUCGAGUUUAUCAAUGCAACAACAGCAGCAACAAUUAAACAAUGCUUCUUCCAUUGUGUCAUCUGCAUCUUCUUGCUUAACUAACUCUCAACAGCAAUCAAAUUCCCCAAAUAUUACAUCAUUAUUAGGCUGUGAUGGUGUUUCCACUGUAUCUGCUGGCAGUAACAGUAAUAAUAUUGGGGGCCCUCCAGGUAUCUAAUAUUAAUUGAUUUUACCUUUUAAAUUGUGUGUAUAUACAUAAUUAUAAUUAAUAACUUCAAGAUUUGAGAUCUUAAAUUAUGGUUUUGUGAAUUAUAAACUCAUUCAUUUAUUGUUUUCUACCAAUAAAGUUGGUAAUAAUUAUUGGGUUGGGAACAAUUUUGAUAAAUUAAGUA